CGGCGAGGCGACCGUCCCCAGUAGUGAGGCUGUCCCGAUCGCGCGCAUGUCAGCUGAGAAGGUAAACAAACUCGCAUCGUAAACAAACAUGGCAGCCACGAAGAAAAUCGAAGAGGCUCUUGCUCAUAUUAGGGAGGCCGAAAAGAGCCUUAAAACAAGCCUCUUGAAGUGGAAGCCAGACUAUGAUGUGGCCGCUGAUGAAUACAAUGCUGCAGCCACAUGCUACAAGACAGCCAAGCAGUACACUCAGUGCCGGGAGUGUUUGCUCAAGGCGGUGGAGAACUACAAGCUCAACCGAUCAUUUUUCUCAGCUGGCAAGUGUCUAGACCAGGCUGCCCUCAUCAGCAAGGAGCUUGGAGACAUGGAGUCCAUCUUCACCCUGUGCCAGCGGGCAGCCUGCAUGUACCGGGAGCAUGGCAUUCCUGACACUGCCGCUUUGUCCCUAGAGAAGGGUGCCAAGAUUAUAGAAAGCCAGCUGCCAGAAAAAGCCCUCAUCAUGUUUGAGCAUGCUGUCGACAUUGUGAUGACUGAGGACCGUCCCAGGCAGGCAGCAGAGUACCAGAGUCGCGUGUCUCGACUUAACGUCAAGAUGCAAAAGUAUGAUGCUGCAACAGACGCCAUCAGGAGAGAAAUCUGCUACCACCAAGCUGGAGAAAAUCAGCCUGCCAUUGGGAGGCUGACUGUGGCCCUGGUGUUGGUGCAGCUGGCACGGGGCGACUGUGUGGCGGCAGAGAAGGCCUUUAGAGAGUGGGGAUCCUACUGUGAGAAUGAAGAGGUACAAACCUUGGAGAUGCUGAUCCAGGCCUUUGAUGAGGAGGAUGGAGACAUGGCAGUGAAGGUCCUGAAUUGCCCCUUCAUCAAACACAUGGAUGUGGAGUAUUCCAAGCUGGCUCGCAGUCUGCCUGUCCCCAAGUGCAGCCAGGAGACCAAGAAGCCAGGAGUGACAGACACCUACCCCCCAUACACCUCCAGCUCCGGGGCUGAUGUGGACGCCCUUGCUAAAGGCGUCGGUAGCACUUCAAUUAGUCAGAAUGAUGAGGAACUGGACUUGUGCUGAGUUGACCUGGAGGGGUAUGUGUGGCAUCACUUCAUAGGCUGCAUUGCUGGCAGGAUGGUGUAAGUUCACCUGCUUUGGUUACUCAUCAAUCCACACGGCAGCUGGUCACGUUAGAGCUCAAAUUACCUGCAUGGAAGAAAUUUUGACAAGAAAAGUAAUUGUGGAACCUCAGAUAUUACCACUAUGGCUUGUAGUCUGUGAGCUGCUUGAACCUGAGUCAUACAGAGCAUGUGAGGACUUCCAGUAUCAUUUUAUCUUGUCAAGAAGCUUUCUGUGUUUGUUGCAGGUGCAUGAUAGCAAAGAUAAGCCAGCAGGGAGCCAAGCUCAACAUAAUCAUUCAGCUAAGUUUUCCAUAAAUCAGUAAUGAGAGCAACAUGACACAAAUCAGUGCUGGAGAAGGUGGAGUUCCCAGCACCAAGGAGGGUGGAGGGCAACUUGGUUGCUCAUAGUUAAGAAGUUUUGAGGUUAGCCUGAGCAGUUUUCUCAUUCUAAGCCAUCAGUAGUUUGUUAUAAAAUAUAAAAUUAAAUCUUCAUCCUAAACAGUUUUGAACUGACAAUCUUAUUUUCUGUACUUUGGAUGCUGAGGCACAAUCUUUUCAACAUUGCUCCAGCAACUAUUCAACUGUGUGAUAUUUCCAAAAGUUUAUAUACCCUCUUUCCCAGCUUUGGAAACAUUAUGCUCUGUCUAUGCCAGAAAACAGUGCUUGGGAGAGCAGAGUUGAGUUGCACUUCUUUCUGCCACACUUCACAAUCUCUUAUCAAGGGAGUCUGAGGGACAGACAGUGUCCUUCCUUGUCAUCUCAUGUGUGACCUUUUACAGACAUUCCAAGAAGCUCUUGUUCAGGUGUGUAGCACGCCUGAGAUCAGCCGGGUGAUGCUCCCACCGACUGUUCUGGUGUCUUAGGAUUACAUCUGUGUCAUUGCCAUGCGGGUUAAGGGACAACCUGCUGUUGUUAUUUAGGGUUUGAGUAGCAGUUACUGUUUUUCUCCAGUUUCAUUCGUCUUUGUUCCUAUGGACGUGGAUUUAAUGGUAUAAUAUGUUGUUACGGAAGUAUGUUUUGUCCUGCAGCGCUGUGGCUGCACAUCUUGUUAUUUGUUGUUAAGAUAAUCUAUAGAGGAAACAUUUCUAUUAAUAACCAGCAAAGAUAAUCUAUAGGAGAAAUAUUUAUAUUGAAUAACUGGCAAGGUGUUAUAAGGGGAGUACAGACCAUGGCCAUUACAGUUACCUCUUUUUAGCUUUAUAUAAUAGCAUUGUUUGUUUUCUUUUAAAAUUUCAUCAACAGAGUGAUGAGUAGGCAAGUACAUGCCAUCUUAAGUAAAAUAUUGAAACUUAUUGUAUUAUGAAAAUUAAACUGUAUGCAAUUAACAAGUAGAAUAUAUAUAUAUAUAUAUAAAGCCCAUCACAUAAAUGUGCACAUCUGGCACAGUGUGUGAUCAGUGGCAAUCUAAUCUAUGUCUUAGUAGAUUAAUGUACAUUGAUAUUUAUUUCUUAUUGAAUAUUUGUGAUGAUUAAUUCAGAAAGUCAGUGAGAUAUUUAUUUUAUUGUUUAAGGAUAUCAUCAUGCAACAUAUUUGAUUAUCAUACUCUUAUAUGUAUUUAUCACCAAAGACGCAUACAUCAUUCUAGAAAACACCGUACAAUAAUUAUUGACUAUAUGCAAUUGAUACCAGUUUAUGCAGUGUCACACAGUUCACAUUUGUGGCACCUCAGUUCCAUUAAACAUACAAAUUCUGUCACAUUACAACUCAAGAACAGAUCAGCGAAGCCUCGGUUACGUAAAGGAUAUUAUUUGCUCAUUUUCAUAUUGUUUGUAAAUGAGUAGUUGCAUAUCAUUCCAGGGCAGCACCACUAUUACUGUAGUCCAAGAAGUGGUGGCAGACACCCCCACCCCUUCCCAAAGACAGUAGUGUAACAAUGAUGACGCUUAUAUUCAAUGUUUUAGGUGUCCCGUGUACUUCUUCAUCUUCUCCAGUCUGUCAAAGCAGAAGCAUGCAGAGGGCUGCUUAUUAUAUAUUUGGAUUUUUUUGUAUUCCAUUAAUUCUGUCAAAAAUCAAAGUUGAUGUGACUUUUCAGCCAAAACAUCAAGACUUCUGCAUGAUGAGUUGCGUUCAGUCAUUCGUACAUUGAGAAACACAACGGUUUACUUUGAGCCUCGGUGUACUGAAGACUGCUCCCGUUUGCCUCACGUUCUGCUCUCUUUCAAGUUGCCAACAGCAAAAUUUAAUGUUCUUGUGAUUCAUGACUCUCCCAUUUUAUGCAUAUUUAUGUGUGUGUGUGAUCAGUAUGUGCACCUGUCUUUCGUUUGUGUGUCUGCUGGUUGUGCACGCCCUUACGUUAUAUCAAUCAUUGUGGAACCGAUACUUGUAUAUACAUACUGCUCCAUAUAUAUGCAUAUACAUAUAUACAUGGCAACAUUUCGGUUGUUGUUGUUGUGCAUCAAGGUUGAGACAGAUAGGAUCUAUAGAUACUUUUAAGUGAGACCUUAAUCUCAUUUAAGAUAAUGCUGUUGAAUUUCGGUAUUUAACUUAUAUAACACUAGAAAACUAUUUAUCAUGGUUCUCAAAUGUGUUAUUAGAUGCAUUUUUGUUGUGAUUAUUAUGAGGAUUUCAUACGAAACUGUUUUUGUUAUUGUAUAGUUCAGAAAGUUCUGUAGCUUGGAAACUGAUAAACUUUGAAUGGCUCAACUGUGAUUGUAUUGUAAUCAGGUGCCUGAUUAUACAAGGAUUAGUACCACUAAUAGUGAAACUGAAGUCCUCCUCAGCCAUUCAGAGUUAUUCAUGAGACGACACAUUUUAACUUGUCAUAGAUUAGCCGUGAACUAAUACUGUUGUGUGUCCUCAUGAGCAUUAUACAGCUUUAGAUUUAUUUAUCAAUAAAUGAUCUGCAAUACUA